CUUUCUUUUUUACAAAUAGAACAACCUCUGUCUUGCUUUGGAUCCCUUACCCCCACUUUACCCCCUCUCCCUCCUUUCUCUCUUCUUAAAUAGCAAGCCCACGCUCACUCUCUAGGCAUCAAGAAAGAAACAAAAAAAGAGUACACAUUUUAAACCCUUUGAAAGUUUGAAGCUCUCAGGUCAAUCUCCGAUCGAUUCUUACACCUGUACAUUUCCAGCGCAAUGGAAGAUUACUGUAAGAUGAGUCGUGUUCCGGCGUUUGGGAGCUGGGACUGGAACGAUGACAUGCCAUUCACUCAGUGCUUUGAGUCAGCAAGGCAGGCCGGGUUGCUUCGUUACAGCUACUCUGAAGAGCGUGAUUUGUACGUGGCUGGUGAUUUGUAUGAGAAUGAUGUCGUCACGCCGGCCAUGAUCGUUGUUCCCCGCCGAAGGAACAAAGUCCGUGACCCUUACGUCAAGGAAGCCAAAAAGGAAAGCUGGGUCGGUUGCGUCGAGGAACCACCAAGUCCGGCUCCGGUGAGAAGGCCAACACCCAAACCUGUGGAUGAGGACUUGUACAAAAUCUCACCGGAGCUCCUUUAUGCAAAACGUAAAAAGAAGAGAGGGUUGCGUUUCUUUUCAAGCUGCUUGAUGCCAGCUUGUGUUGCGUGAAGAUAUGAGAGAAAGCCUAUAAGGAGUUGAAGGACUAUGUACAUAUAUGAGAUUAAAAAAAAAAAAACCAAGAAAAAAUUUGUAGAAGCAAAUACUUAUAUGGUGUCUAUGUAUUUGAGGAUUUGUUGUUUUGAUGGAUAUCUGAGGAGAUUGUUGUUCCGAAGAAGAUCAUUGCUACUAUGAUUUUAUGACUAUGGGAAGAGUUUCUUCUUGCCAAA